AGUCGGCAGAGUGCAGAUUGAAACAUCAUGCGACGUUGCAUCUUCUUACUAGUCGCGUGGAUAUACACAGCUCGAAGUGUUCCAUGUAUACCUCGCGAUUUUGGUAACAAUGGAACAGUGUGUGUAUGCAAUGCUACUUAUUGCGACAGCACUCCGGAACUCGAGGUUCCAGACAUUGGUUUCUAUGUCCAUUACACAUCAAGUAAGGACGGCUUGAGAUUUUCCAGGAUAGAUGGCGUUUUUAACAAGGAAUUACGUGCUGAUUCUGAAAGUUUUCGACUGGACUUUGACACUACUUUUCAACCAAUCCAUGGCUUCGGAGGUUCUUUUAGCGAUGCAGCGACCAUGAAUAUAAAAACGCUGAGCCUAGAUACUCAAGAAAAUUUAAUGAGAACGUACUUCACUAAGGAAGGUAGUAAUUAUCAUUUCGGUCGUGUACCAAUUGGCUCAACUGACUUCUCCACAAGGUCAUAUACCUACGAUGACUAUGAAGGUGAUGUGUCACUGGAAAAAUUCUGUCUCGCAGACGAAGACUUACUCUACAAAAUUCCACUGAUGAAGAAAGCUUUAGAAUUUAAUCCGGAAAUUAAAUUUUUCGCGGCGGCGUGGACUGCUCCACCAUGGAUGAGGACGAACAACAAUUACACAGGUUACGGAUUUCUACGAAAUGAAUACUACCAAGUAUAUGCUGAAUAUCAUGAAAAAUUUUUGAACAAGUACGAAGAUCACGGAAUCAAAAUGUGGGCUAUUACGACGGGCAACGAACCCUUUUAUGGUAUGCUAAGCAUCACUUAUUAUAACAGUAUGGGAUGGCUACCGAAAGAUGUCGGCACAUGGGUAGCGAACAACCUUGGUCCAACCAUCUGCGAAUCGAGGCACAACAAAACUCUGAUUCUCGUCUAUGACGACUCAACAACAGGUUUAGUCUCAUACAUCAAUGAAACGUUUUCGAACGAGUUAGCCAGGAAAUAUAUAGCCGGCAUUGCUAUUCAUGGAUAUACAGACGCAAGCAUUUCUGAAAACGUGCUUGACGACACACAUGAAAACUAUCCUGAAAAGUUUCUCAUCCUUACCGAGUAUAGUAAUGGAAGUCCAGACGCAGAUACUGGGAUUGUUCCUUUGGGAUCUUGGGAUCUCGGCGAAAAUUACAUAUUGGAUAUCAUCGAAAAUUUACAAAACUGGGUAACUGGCUGGGUGGACUGGAAUCUGGCUCUGAAUAAAUACGGCAGACCCAAUUGGAGAGGAAUCUACGGGGACUCCGCAAUUAUCGUAGAUCCAGAAACCGACGAAUUUUACAAACAACCAAAGUAUUACGCCAUCGCGCACUUUAGUAGAUUCAUUCCACCAGGUUCGGUCAGGAUAGGACUUACCGACGGCCUGACAUCCGUCAAGGCUGUAGCUUUUAAAACACCGAAAAACGAGACUGUCGUUGUGAUGUAUAAUGCAUACCUCACGGACCGAAAUGUGACAAUUUACGAUUCAAGACGAGGGCAGAUCUGGUUAGAGUUACCACCGAAAUCGAUCCACACCCUCAUAUACUAUUAGGGUACCGCG